CGUUUUAUUCGACAGCGUUAAAAACCUUAAUAUCUGUUUCGACUGUGAUUCUUUUAGGUCUUAUUGUAGCUUACCAUGCUUUGGAAGUGCAGGUGAGAUUGUUCAUGAUAGAUAAUUGUGCAGACGAUUGGCGGAUCGCAAUGACAUGGCAACGAAUUAGUCAGAUAGGUUUAGAACUUUUUAUAUGCGCAAUUCAUCCGAUCCCUGGUGAAUAUUAUUUCCAAUGGACGACAAAGUUGGCAAAUAAAAAUAAAACGAUGGGCACCGAAAUUGUGCCAUAUGACGUCGCAUUAUCAUUGCCCAUGUUUCUUCGGCUGUAUCUAAUAUGUCGAGUUAUGCUUCUUCAUUCAAAAUUAUUUACGGAUGCAUCAUCGCGGAGCAUAGGAGCCCUCAACAGAAUUAAUUUUAAUACAAGAUUUGUUUUGAAAACCUUAAUGACAAUAUGUCCUGGAACGGUGCUACUCGUUUUCAUGGUAUCCUUGUGGAUAAUUGCUUCAUGGACCUUGCGACAGUGUGAAAGGUUUCAUGAUGAAGAGCAUGCAAAUCUUUUGAAUGCAAUGUGGCUGAUAGCAAUAACCUUUCUAAGUGUCGGUUUCGGUGAUAUUGUACCCAAUACGUAUUGUGGACGCGGUAUUGCCGUCACUACAGGAAUAAUGGGUGCUGGAUGUACGGCAUUGCUUGUUGCGGUCGUCUCAAGGAAACUGGAACUAACUCGCGCGGAGAAGCAUGUGCAUAACUUCAUGAUGGACACACAAUUAACGAAAAGGCUGAAAAAUGCAGCGGCAAAUGUUCUUCGUGAAACUUGGCUCAUUUACAAACAUACAAGACUAGUAAAACGGGUUAAUCCCGGACGUGUAAGAACCCACCAAAGAAAGUUCCUUCUAGCUAUAUAUGCGUUACGAAAGGUUAAAAUGGACCAACGAAAACUAAUGGACAACGCAAACACUAUAACAGAUAUGGCGAAGACUCAAAAUACAGUUUAUGAAAUAAUUUCGGAUAUGUCGAGUCGCCAAGAUGCAAUUGAAGAACGACUAACUAAUUUAGAGGACAAGCUGCAGUCGCUACAGGUACAUUCUCAUUACAAUAUCCCAAGUAUGCAGGUAUAGUAUUUAUAAUAGAGG